ACUUACAGUAGUACUACUACUACUGUGUCAUGGCGGCCGUUCAACCAGGCGUCGGAAUAACUAACCCUGGUUCUGCUGGGGCUCCUGCUGUUGCCCCUGGCGUCCAGCAGCCUGCUCAUAGCUCCACCCAUCAUAGUUCUCAACAAAGUCAACAAGACAAUAAUCCAAUUUCAAACGUUAAAGCUGAUAUACCCCAACUUAACAAGUCGCUUAGUAACCUGAUGAAGAUUGCUGCUGAAAAUUUUGUUCAUAAUGCCGCUGUUGACAAUAAUGGGAAAGUAGGCGACUCAACUACAUUGCAUAGGUUUGACAAGGCACUAGAGGAUUUCUAUUCUCACUGUGAUUAUAUUGAAGUGAAUUUGCGUCUUGCCUUAGAAUGCUCAAGGCAGCAUGGAUACAGUGUGAGGUACACACCAAUACAGCUGCCUCUUGCCAAACAAGAACCCAAUGUAUUGGACGCUCAGAAGUAUGGACAAUAUGCGAAUCUUGUUAAAACCCAGAUCGCAUGCGUGAAUGACGUUCAAAAGGCGUUGCUGGACUGUGCCUACAAUAUCAGUCAUCAGGUUAAAAGGGAGGAGACUGCUAACAAACCAUGAACAAAAAUCUAUAAAUUGACUGUAUGUAGUCCAGGCCUGUUGCCACCUGGCCUGGCCCAUGGCCACUAGGCUGUUGCUACACAGCCUCUUUACCUAUCUUUACUGUUACAUCAGGACCAUUGUGCAGAAGUUUGUCAUCUUGGCAUAUUCACCUGGCCAUAUGGCAUUUAGCCAUAUGCAAAGUGACCAUAUUCGAACCAUACAUUUGUCAUCUGGCCAUAUGCCACCCGGCCAUAUGCCACCUUUAUACCACUUGGUUAUAUAUGCAACUUGGCCAUAUGCCAUUUGGACAUUUACAGUCUGGCCUUAUGCCACUUGGCCAUAUGCAAUCGGGCUAUAUUCCACCUGGUCAUAAGCCAACUGCCACCUGGCUGUGGGAAAGCCAUGCAUAUGCCAUGCUUCCUAAAAUUGCAUUUUCGUGUCUCCAUAUCAUAGUCACAUAAUGAAUUCAUGUUCCAUCCAAGUUACCACUUGUGACUUUAAAAACUUAAGCACAACCAGUAUGUUUAUUAUUUUUAUUUACUUAAUGAGCAAAACAUUUGUUUUAGCUUGUCUUGUAUUACAUAGGCAACAUAACCUUCAUCAAGUAAAGUCAUCUAGGUGAUAAUAAUUGGGUAACAUAAUGAUACUGUAACUAUGUAAAACAUUAGACUUGAUUUAUAGUAAAUUUUUUUUUUUUUAUAAUAGUUUUUUAUAAUUUAACUUUUUAUAAAUUUGUAUCAAUUAUUGGCAUGUUCUAUUGAAUGUUUUUUAUGUGCCUUCACGAAAAUGUAAGAGGGAGGUAUCACUUCGGCUGUAUUAAGUGCAUGAAAUAAAUUAAUACUACACAGUAGUAUUGUAGAUAUUUUGAAAUGUUCUUUUGUAAUAUUUGUGAUUUUGUUAUAUUUUGUAACAAAAAUUGAAAUAUUAGGAAAUGAAAAAUAAUUGCAAUUCUUAUUGGACCUGUAUAUACUGUAUACCUAAAAAAUGCUUUGUUGUUUUAUGUAUGAUGAUUGCACAUGAAAAGUGUAGAAACCACUUAAAAUUGGAUAAACAGUAACAGUUGAUUGGUGGGUGGGCAAUAAUGUUAUUUGAGUUAUCUGUAAAUCUCUCAUAAUUAAGAAUUUAAUUU